AUGUCUUUCAUGGUCCAUAAUCGGAAGGGCAGCAAAAAGCAUUUUCAGGUGGACCCUCUACUGAUGCCCAAAGUUCCUCGAAUCAAUUACAUGCACCUUCAGGAAGAGAAACACAGGCUACAGCUAAAGAAAUUCCUCCUUCACAGGAUGUUUCUUGUGGGCCACCUACAAGCCAAUGUGGAGAAAAAGCAGAUUACUGAAUACUACGAGCACCUCUUCCAGUCAAUUCUGAAGCAUCACUUAGGAGAGACAGUUACCGGCUUAUUGCUCAUAUACUCAAGCACUUUUCUGCAUAUCCUUGAGACCUCCAAUGGCACUCUUUUCCGAAUCCUUUUAGAUUAUGUUGCCCACGAGAAAGAAGACAAAGAAUUUAUCAUCCAAAACAUCAAAAUUAUAGUUGUUUCUCAUAACAUCCCUACAAGGUUGUUCAUGCAAUGGCAUGUUUCUGUCAUCAAGGUCCCCGUUCUGUAUCUAGAUGAUGUGACACAGUCUCAGUCUCUAUCGGAAGUCACCACAGACUUUCUCACCAUGACUCACAAACUGGCAUUUCACCUUUUCAAGACCGUGAAAGUCGGUACGAAAGGGCCAGGUGACAACUUGCACCAAGUUGCCCCUGAGCUACUCCUCCCAGAACAAACUGUCCAAUACUUGUGCAAAGCUGAUGACUUCUUGGACCCAGCAACAUUCUUAAGCAUGUAUAACAGACCCAUACAUGUUACACUGGAUUCUGAGAUUGUGUGGCCAGCUCCUUCCCGUUUCUAG